CCGACGACUGCUGGCACCCACCAUAGGUUCUGGGUCACCGGCGGCCGAGAUCAGCCCCCAGAGAGCAUCUCAUCCAGCCGGAGUGUGCGCGCCCAGACCAAUGCGAUCAUAAUUCGGCAUUGGACGCGCGGUCGCUUUCUGCAUACAGGUCCUGACGGACCAUUGUCCCCAGUCACCCACGCUGGACUCGACCUGUUGCUAGAAGUAUCCGCUUCCCCAGCUCAGCUCCUGCCGUGCUAUUUUCCCCCUUCCAUCUCACCUUCUAGUCCAUCAAUGCCUGCUACUCAGCCGCAAUCAAGAAACUCAAUUCAUCCCUACCGAACCUGAAAAUCAGGAUCGAACCCCUCUCUGGCAUUACCAUCUCUUCGUCUUGUCUAUAUCCGCGGGUAUCCCACAUUUCAUCAAUUUAUCCAUAUAUCAGCCUCAGCCCUACGAACGUUAAAGGACACGCGAUCGUCGCGACCAAGCCCUGCAACCACACCACUCGUCCCCAGCACUGCCACACACUACGAACAUGUCCGCGGAGCCCAACACUAAGUUCGCGCCCGAGCCGAAGAUCCAGAACAAGGGCCGGGAGUUGAGCUUCAAACAAAAGCUGGACCAGGCCGCACACGAUGCCCGGAAACCCGACGAGGAGUCUAGGCCGAACCCAAUCAUUGAGAAAGUGACACAGUACAUUCCAGCCGCGACGAAAAUCUUUGGCAAUCCGCAAAAAGAGCAGGAAGAGAGGGUUACGCGACCUGGGAUCCCAGGGCCUCCGGAACGGCCAUACGACGACACCCAGGUCGAGGAGUUCAUCCGGCAACAACAUCGUAGCAAGGGCGAGAACGGCUUGCUAGAAUGAAGACGAGAAACGAUCGGGAAACAACACCAGAGAUAUCCGCUCCUUCAUCAAGAAUACUACGCGCAACUUGUAGGCUUUUUUUGUAUUGGCGGCGUUGUUUCGUUAUUGCUUUUGACACCAUCGCGAGUCUCUACGACGAAAUAUAGCCGAAUUGGUACUUACAUCUCUCGGCGUCAUCCAAUCUUCCAAACAAGCCAGAUACUUGGCGGUAGCACAUACGCGCAUAGCAAAACACCAUACCCUACACACCAUGAUCAGAGGAAAUCUCUCAUUCACUUACAAACGGGGGUAUGGGGGGGUCAAGGUGAGGAAGCAAGAAAAGAUCCAAGGGUAUCUGUAUUCGUACCUCAAUCUAAGGAAAGAAGAAAAAAGAAGAAAACCCUUGUGUUAUUGAUAAAACGGCAACACCCGAAGGCCAUUCAAUUAUCCACCUAUGUUCAACUCCGUAGGGAACAUCUGCCCACAAAUGCCGCCAAUAACCCAACUGAGAUGAUAUCUUUAAUC